AUGUGGAGCUCAGACUGCUGCCCCUCAGACUGCUGCCCACCAGACUGCUGCCCAUCAGACUGCUGCCCCUCAGACUGCUGCCCCCAGACUGCUGCCCCACAGACUGCUGCCCCCCAGACUGCUACCCCCCAGACUGCUGCCCCUAGACUGCUGCCCCUCAGACUGCUGCCCCUCAGACUUCUGCCCACCAGACUGCUGCCCCUCAGACUGCUGCCCCUUAGACUGCUGCCCCCCAGACUGCUACCCCCCAGACUGCUGCCCCUCAGACUGCUGCCCCUCAGACUGCUGCCCCCACAGACUGCUGCCCCCCAGACUGCUACCCCCAGACUGCUGCCCCUAGACUGCUGCCCCUCAGACUGCUGCCCCCCAGACUGCUACCCCCCAGACUGCUGCCCCUCAGACUGCUGCCCCUCAGACUGCUGCCCCUCAGACUGCUGCCCCCCAGACUGCUGCCCCCCAGACUGCUGCCCCUGUCAGAGGUGUGCUAAGCAGAGAGAGGGAGAUGGGAACAGAGGGCUGAAGAAGAGAGGUAUGGGCUCAUACUUUGGGCAGCAGUGUGGACACCCUUAA